CAACAUUUAACUUGUCGACGUGGGCAAGGGUGCUUGCCUCGCUUCAUGCAAACAAAUGUUGAUGGGUGUAGUGCACGAUGGAAUGAGCAUCGUGUCAUGUUUUGGAUUUAAUAGAUACAUGUACACAUAUAUGACUUGAAAUAUGUGGCUUAAACCUGAAGAGGUACUGCUGAAAAAUGCAUUCAAGCUAUGGGUGACGGAAAAGAGCAAUGAUUAUUUCGUUUUACAGAGGAGACGAGGAUAUGGAGAAGGUGGGGGCGGGUUGACAGGCCUUCUGGUAGGAACCUUGGACACAGUGUUGGACUCCACGUCCAAGGUUGCCCCCUUCCGCAUCUUGCACCAGACACCAGACUCACAAGUCUACUGGUCUGUAGCAUGUGGUGCCACCAAAGAGGAGAUCAGUCGCCACUGGGAGUGGCUGCAGCAGAACAUCAUGAGGACCCUGUCUGUGUUCGACUCCAGCGAUGACAUCACUAGCUUUGUCCAAGGAAAAAUAAGAGGCCUGAUUGCGGAGGAGGGGAAAGUGUCUCAUGUGCAGGAGGAUGACCCGGAGAAGUUCCGCGAGGCGCUGCUGAGGUUUGAGAAGUGGUUUGAGCUGCCUCAGAAGGAGAAGCUGGUGACCUACUACUCCUGCAGCUACUGGAAGGGCCGAGUGCCCUGCCAGGGCUGGCUGUACCUCAGCACCAACUUCCUGAGUUUCUACUCCUACCUCCUGGGAGCAGAGGUGAAGCUGGUGAUCUCCUGGGACGAGGUGUGGAGGCUGGAGAAGACGUCCAACGUGAUCCUCACGGAGAGCAUCCAUGUGCUGGCCCACGGAGACCAUCACUACUUCUCCAUGUUCAUGCACCUCAGCGAGACCUUCCUCAUCAUGGAGCAGCUGGCUGACUACUCCAUCAAACGCCUGUUUGAUAAGGAGACCUUUCAGGGAGAGCCUGCCCUGUGUGACCCUUUGCAAAUCACCAAGAGAGGCCUGGAAACUCAUGCCAGGAACGAGCAGUUCAGGGCGUUCUUCCGGCUACCCAGGGAGGAGAACCUGCUGGAGGUGUAUGAGAGUUUCCUGUGGGUGCCCUUCAGCCACUUCAAUACUCUUGGCAAGAUCUGUUUGUCUGAGGGCUACCUGUGCUUUGCCAGCCAAGAUGGCAGCCAGUGCCAUGUUAUUGUCCCCAUCCGAGAGGUGAUUGGUGUGGAGAACCCAGACAGGAGCAGCAGAGCGUUGACGGUGUGUGUGCGAGGCAAGAAGGCUCUUCGCUUCUCAGAGGUCCGGGACUACGAACGGCUCGCCAGCGCGAUCCGCAGGAGGUGUGGGAUGACAGGCAGCCCUCUGCACUCCACCCCACCUGAGGUCACACGAGGGGAAUGUCAGUCACUGAUCAACCACUUUGAGGACAACCCAGAGGACGUGACUCUGAUGGUGGGGCAGAAGGACACCAGCAAAGCCGUGAGCACCGAAGCUCUCAUGACCGUGUUCCACCCACAAGACACCGAGAACCUCGACCCCAAAAUGCUGAAGGAGAAGAUGAAGGAGCAGUCGUGGAACAUCCACUUCUCAGAGUACGGCCGCGGCACCAGCAUGUUCUGCACCAAGAAGACCCGCGACCUGAUAGUUCGUGGAGUUCCUGAGUCCUUAAGAGGAGAACUGUGGAUGCUGUUUUCAGGUGCAGUGAACGACAUGGCCACUCACCCUGGCUACUACACCCAGCUGGUGGAGCAGUCGCUGGGAACGAGCACCCUGGCCACCGACGAGAUAGAGCGGGACCUCCACCGCUCGCUUCCGGAGCACCCUGCCUUCCAGAGCGAGACGGGGAUCUCCGCCCUGCGACGCGUCCUCACCGCCUACGCUUACAGGAACCCCAAGAUCGGCUACUGCCAGGCCAUGAACAUCCUGACGUCGGUCCUCCUCCUUUACGCCAAAGAGGAGGAGGCCUUCUGGCUGCUGGUGGCCGUGUGUGAGAGGAUGCUGCCUGACUACUUCAACCGCAGGAUAAUUGGAGCUCUGGUGGACCAGGCGGUGUUUGAGGAGCUCAUCAGGGAGCAGCAGUCUCAGCUGACGGAGCACAUGACAGACCUCAGCUUCUUCUCCUCCGUGUCCCUGUCCUGGUUCCUCACUCUGUUCAUCAGCGUCCUGCCCAUCGAGAGCGCCGUCAACGUGGUGGACUGCUUCUUCUACGACGGCAUCAAAGCCAUCCUGCAGCUGGGUCUGGCUGUCCUCAACUGCAACAUGGAGGCUCUUAUUAGCUGCCAUGACGACGCAGAGGCAGUCACCAUCCUCAACAAGUUUUUCGACAGCGUGACAAACAAGGACAGCCCCUUGCCCCCCACCGUGCAACAGGCGUCGCUCGGCAACAACGACAAGUCCUCCCACUCCAGGAUGGACAUCAGUGACCUCAUCAAAGACGCCUAUGAGAAAUUCGGAGACAUUCGAUCAGAGGAAGUGGAGAGCAUGCGUAAACGAAACAAACUCUAUGUCAUCCAAACCUUGGAAGAUACGACAAAGCAAAACGUUCUUCGGGUCGUGUCUCAGGAGGUGAAGCUCAGUGCUCCUCAGCUGGAUGAUCUGUAUGCACUGUUCAAGAGGCAACAUUUCCUCAGUUGCUACUGGACGAUGAACAGCCCAGCCCUGCUCCACCACGACCCCAGCCUGGCCUACCUGGAGCAGUACCAGCUUGGCCUCCAGCAGUUCCGCCUGCUCUUCUCCCUCCUGGAGCCCUGGUCCCUCAGCAGUAGCACAGACACGCUGGCCCUCUGGGCCUUCCGCCUCAUAGACGAGAACCAGGACGGCCUUGUCAACUUUAAGGAGUUCUGCUUGGCCCUGGACAUCCUGUACAGUGGCUCUUUCACCAAUAAACUGAAGUUCCUGUUUAAGCUUCAUCUGCCUCCAGCUUUCACAGGCAGUCCUUUCCACUCAAAGGGUCAACAGUUUCCUCACUUUGUUCCAGUGACUGAAGACAUCUCUCAUCUCAGUAGACUGACUGUGUCAGAUCUUCCAGAGGAUGGUGUAAUACGAAAGAGCCCAGAAAGAGGCAGAGGAAAGGUAGAUCUACAAGCCUACCUGAAGCAAUGGCAAGAUGAGAUCCUUAAGAAAGAGGAGAGCAUUAAGGAUCUUCCCAGAAUCAACCAGGCUCAGUUCAUCCAGUUCUCCAAGACCAUGUACAGUCUGUUCCACGGCGACCCAGAGGAGGAGCCUCUGUACCGGGCAGUGGCCAGAGUGACCAGCCUGCUGCUGAGGAUGGAGGAGGCGGGACGCCGGCUGCAGGAGACCAGCAGCCCUCGGGAAACUCCCAGCCCUCUGGAGACCCCUAGCCUCCCUCCAGCUCCUGCGGAGGGGGAGAGCUCCCCUCCUGUGGAGAGCUCCCAGCCCCCCAGCCCCCCUCAGGCCUCCCCUCCCGUGGAUAGCUCCCAGCCCCCCAGCCCCCCUGGCUCCCUGGUGGAUACGGCUGCCAGCCCUCAGGAGAUGGAGUGGUCCUUUUCCUUCGAGCAGGUGCUUGCGUCCCUCCUUAACGAGCCUGUUGUCGUGCGCUUCUUUGAAAAGCCUGUGGACAUUCAAGCUCGCCUGGACAAUGCCAAGACCGCCCAGGUGAAGGCCAAAGCAAACAAGUAGAACGACACGUUACGGGUCGAGACGACUUUUCAAAGCCAUCAAGUCAUCGUGACUCUGCCUCACUGCUGUCCUCUUUUUGUGUCAUUGCUUGGUCUGGUAGCACAGACAGGGUGAGUCAACACCAUGGACAUAAAGUACACUUUGCAGAGAAAGCAGUGACGUCCUAUGAAGUCAGUCUGUUCUGUAGUGUUGUACUGUACGUCCUAUCUUAGACUCGUAAUUUGCACACCAGCGAAACUCAUCUGGCAUUUUGCUUUUACUGUAUGUAACAGUGAUUUUUCCUCAUGCAGCCUUAAGUCAUAUUAUUUUUUCAGAAACACCAGCUUUUCAAAGUGAUGUUGGCAGGAAUGAUGUGGAAUGACAAAGCGCUCCAGUGGAGUCAGAAGUAGCCAUAGUAUCCAGUCCCAGUCACACCUUAUACCAUACAGUGGCUAAAGCCAGAGGACGUGCAGUUGACUGAGUAAAAAACUAUUUAACUUCUACUUUAAACCAAAAAAGAGAAGAUUGGAUUUUCUUGGUUUGAGUUCAGUUUAUUUGUUUUGUGACACAAUGAAGGUACAUAAUCAGGUUCAGGUUGGUUAUUGUUUGUGGAGAUUCUUCUUCAUGCAAGUGAAAACACAAAGGGAACAUAGAAAGAGUUCCUAGCUAAUUAUACAUUUAGUUGACUUCCCUAAAACAUUUCUUACAUACUGAAAUGCAAUGGUUUUGUUAAGAAUAUCAUGACUGAAAUAACAAAAGCCUUUUGUCGUUGCCAAGUUUAAGGCCUUUCAGGGCAAAAGAAACUAGCUAAAUGUAAAGGUAGUUGGUAGCAGAUGAAUCAGGUUCAAACUCCAGAACUGGUGAACUGAGUAUUUUAAUGUAAAUCAACAAAUCAAACAUAUGCAGAACAGAGAGACUUUGACAUGUAUUUGCUUCACCAACACUUUAAAUGUAACUUGGUAUUUGCUCAAAUAGACAAAGAAAAAAUAUGUAGCACCUUAAACUCUGGUCUUUCUUUAGGCACUGCUUAGUGAGUACAAUAUUUCUACUGAAAGUAAUGUUACAAUCUGAAAGGGACGUGUUUAUUCUAGUAAUUAGGUUCAAAAGUAGAAGAAAGUAAUGAGAUAUUUAAGAUUAGGUUAUCCUUUGUUAGAUAUUCUAUAAUUUCAUUCAGUUAUAAAGGGAAUACUGUGUAUCAUGUAAUUCAUGAUAACUAUCAUCAAGGUAUAUAAAUAAUUGUGGUAUAUUUUGAUAUUUGAAUUCUUGAGACUGCAAGUUAAAUACGUUGAUAGUUUCUAACUUAUACAUUCCCUUUAUUAUUUUAUUUGAUGUUUUUUGAAUUGCAGUUAAGCAUGAAGUGGGUGCAUGGGCAUGGAUACAUGAUGGAAACAGAACUCAAAUGCAAUGGAUAAUUUGUUCUGUUCGACGUACUGUUCUGUACAAAAUCGUCCUUUUUUUGUUUUUUCAAUUUACGUAAUUCAAAGAUGUGUAUGUAGGAUGGAUAUGUCUAUUUUACACGACCAGUGAUAAAUGUUUAUUUUCAAAGCCUGCGUCAAAGGCAAGAGAUGUGGUAUGUGCAGUUGUAUAUGGUCUGUAUUUUCCUUGUUUGAAUGGCCUGACUUGGUGCCAACUGUGUAAAAUCUAACUGCAGUUUGAUACAGUAGUCUCAAGUUCAUAAAGCCCUUAUCACACA